GUGUGACUUUGGAGAAUUUUGAGCGCUGUCAAGAAGAAUCUUCCGCUGAUCUUCCGCCAUCAUAAUACAUUUUGCCUAUAUUCUUGUAUCACGUCCAACAACGCGAAUAAUAAUGACAUCGGUAAGUCCAGUUGUGAUAGCAGCUACAGCUAGGCAUACGGCUACGCUAAUAUUUUUUCAUGGAUUAGGCGACACAGGACAUGGCUGGGCCAGUUCAAUGAGUGCAGUACGACUACCUCAUAUUAAAGUUAUUUGUCCCACCGCGCCUACAAUGCCAGUGACACUAAAUGCAGGAUUUAGAAUGCCUUCUUGGUUUGAUCUGCGAACUUUGGAUCCUAGUGGAGUUGAAGAUGAAGAAGGUAUAAAGAAAGCUGCAGAAAUGGUGCACUCUUUAAUUGCACAAGAAGUGGCAGCAGGACCAGAACCUUUAGCUGGUAUUAUAGCCUUAUCAUGUUGGCUUCCUAUGCAUCAGAAAUUCCCUGCUGCAGCAAUAGGAAAUAGAAAUACUCCAUUGCUACAAUGCCAUGGCAACUGUGAUCCAAUAGUGCCAUAUAGAUGGGGACAAAUGACAGCAUCUUAUCUCAAACAAUUUAUGACACAAACAGAAUUUAAAACAUAUGGAGGGAUGAUGCAUACAUCAUGUGAUGAGGAAAUGAGUGAUAUGAAGAAAUUCAUUGAAAAAGUGUUGCAGCCAUAAUAGUUCUAUUAAAUACAGCAAUGUUUUAAGUGUUAAUCUUAUUACCUUAUUGUUCUUUAUUAAAU